AUGCGUAUGCGCCGCAAGAGACGUGCAGCUUCUUCCUCCGUGGUGCCUUCGAGCACCCACGUUCAGUUAAAGAAGGAAAUCGGCUUGUUGGACGGUGUGGCCAUGAUCGUUGGCAUCAUCAUCGGGUCAGGGAUUUUCGUUUCCCCCAAAGGUGUUCUCAUCGGUGCCGGAUCUGCUGGUGUUUCCUUGAUCGUAUGGAUACUCUGUGGGGUCCUCUCCACUAUUGGGGCACUUUGCUAUGCAGAAUUAGGAACGAUGAUACCGAAGUCUGGAGGGGAUUAUGCAUAUUUGGGAGAUGCAUUCGGGCCUCUUCCAGCAUUCAUGUUCCUUUGGGUGGCAUUGCUUGUCAUAAAUCCGUCUGCCAAUGCCAUCAUUGCCUUGACUUUCGCCAAUUACAGUCUUCAGCCGGUUUUCUCCACGUGUGAUCCACCCGAAAAAGCAGUGAGGCUGUUGGCCUUCGUCAUCGUGGUGUUUCUCAUAUACGUCAACUGCAGGAAUGUGCGUUGGGUGACGAGGAUUCAAGACAUCUUCACAGCGAUGAAAAUCCUCGCAUUAAUCCUCAUUACCGGGACGGGACUGUAUUGUCUGGCGACAGGAUCGUCACAAUUGACGACGGGACGGGGUUUGUUUGCUGACACCCAUUCCGACCCGGGUUCUCUAGCUCUCGCCUUCUACGCUGGCAUGUUUUCUUAUGCAGGAUGGAACUACCUCAACUUCGUUGUGGAAGAAGUGAAGGAUCCAUCCACUGUCAAAGCACUUCAUCAGAGUUUAAUAGCUGAACAGCGCCUCAUUUUCCGCAGGAAUCUACCUCGGGCAAUUUGGAUCUCCUUGCCGCUCGUCACCGUCGUCUACGUCAUGGCAAAUUUGGCCUAUUUCGCAGUUCUGUCGCCAGAGGAAAUCCGGGCUUCCAACGCCGUAGCAGUUACGUUUGGGGAUCGAAUGUUGGGCUGGGCAGGAUGGUUGAUGCCCCUUUCAGUGGCUUGCUCCACCUUCGGAUCCGUGAAUGGAGGCAUACUGACGACGUCUAGAUUGUUCUUCGCCGGGGGAAGAGCCGGGCAUCUCCCACGUGCUUUAGCUCUCAUCUCCGUCCAGCAUUGUACCCCUAUCCCUUCUUUACUUUUUCUGGGGUUGGUUACGCUCGUUAUGCUGAUGAUGAGUGACGUAUUCGUCCUCAUCACGUACAUGAGUUUCGUGGAGUCCCUCUUUCGAACAUUCUCCAUUGCUGCGCUUCUAUACCUACGCUGGAGGAGACCUGAUCUCCAUCGACCCAUCAAGGCAGUACAUUUGGGAAUUCCCAUUGUCUUCUUGGUGGUUUGUACCAUGAUGGUCAUACUGCCAAUCUACAGAAGUCCUUGGGAGGUCGGAAUGGGUGUUGCUAUCAUGCUUACAGGUCUCCCAGCAUACUUCGUCGGUGUCUAUUGGCAAAAUAAACCUUCCUGGGUUCGUAAAAUGACAGUGAGCUUGGAGGUUUUAUGCCAAAGGUUGCUACUGUGCAGCAUGCAGGAAGAAGAGGCGGACACAAUCGUCGCCUCAGCCGGGACCUAAUCCUUUUUCACCACCCAAGAGUAGGAAUGGUUUUUAUGAUCGAGUGGAAAGCAAGAGCUGCUGCCAUGUUAUGUGUGCGAGUGCCUUGACAAUGGAGGACGUUGUGAGAUUGAAUGGAAGACAAGGAUGAAUGCGAAC